GUGAAUUUGAACGCUCGGACCGCGCGGAGGUCCGGCGAAUCUUUUAUGAAGGGAUAAUGGAACGGAUACCCAAUACGGCUUUUCGGGGGCUAAAAUAUCAAACUCAAACGCAAUUCCUGUAUGCUUUUCUGAUACGUAUCGUUUAUUUUUCUCCCUUAUCUCCAUAGUAAUGUGCUUUGUUGUGACCAAAUCCCUCGCGCUGACCUGCUGCGCGCCAUUCAUUCUCAUGGGCGCGCGGUACUACUUCAGUAGGAAAGUUAUCCUCGGCUAUCUCGAUCACGCACUGCAAACGGACAUGGCUGACAUUGAAGAGUAUUACAUGAAACCCGCAGAUCCCUUCUUCUCCGAGCUCCUGCUCCGCGGGGGAGAAAGAUGGGGCUCAGUCUGGGCGGAGUCAGCAGUUUGGGCGGUGUCAGCACCCCUUCCUUGCCCGUCGCGGGGAAGAGACACGCGACUCCAGACUUGAGCCCAGAUCCCAGGACCGCGCUCCCGUACCCUCUCACCCACCCCCUUUCGGGGGCCCCCACCCUCCCGAACCAGGACAGUGCGGUGCUUGUUCCUCCCCGCGCCCCUCUACGCAGCCCAGUCUUCCCCCUGGACACGCGACUAGCCUCACUUUACCCGUCUCACCCAGGCUCCUGCUUCUGGGUGGCGGUGCUGGACGGCCGGGUGGUGGGCAUCGUGGCGGCGCAGGGCAAGGAGGAGGACAACGCGCUGGAGCUGCGGCGCAUGUCGGUGGACUCCCGCUUCCGGGGCAAGGGCAUCGCCAAGGCGCUGGGCCGCAGGGUGCUGGAGUUCGCCGUGCUCAACAACUACUCGGCCGUGGUCCUGGGCACCACCGCCGUCAAGAUGGCCGCCCACAAGCUGUACGAGUCGCUGGGCUUCCGCCGCGUCGGGGGCAGCGAGGACCACCGGCUGCCCGGCAUGAGCCACUCGCCGCUGGAGCGGAUGUUCUUCCAGAUCCGCCACCACCGCUACCGCUUGCAGCUCCGCGAGGAGUAGAGCCGCCGCCCGCGAGCCCAGAUCCGCCCCCUCCUCCACCCACUUAUUUAUUUUUUUAACUAUUCCGAUUCUUAUUACUACUACUAUUAUUAUUAUUAUUACAAUUCAUCGUAACCACUAAUUCUUUUUAUUUAUUUAUUUCCAUUAUUAUUACUUCUUUUUUUAUAGGACCUUUUUUAGUGGAUUUUUUCAGAUUUGUUCUUUUUUUAUUCUUUAUCUUUUUAUCACCCUUUUAAACUUGUAUCUCUCCCCUUUAUCAAAAGAACAAAAAAAAAACACAAAACAAAAAAAAAAACAUAUUUUUUCAUCAUCUUCAUCUUCCUUCAUCUGAUAACAUCCUUACCCCCAACCACCCCCCCCCCCCACCUCUCUACCCAAACUAUAUCACCAACCAAAUGGACCCCCCCCUUGCUCAUAUUAUGUGAUGGUAUAUAUUUUUUCAGAAACCAACUGCCCACCCUCCUCUACCUUAGCCUCUGUUCCAUGCAGCCCCUCCCACCUCUUUUGGCCCUGCCCCCAUCUUCAGAAUAACAAGCUGGGAUGCGCAGGAAGAGGAAGGUGGCCCUGUUGGAGUGGGCUGGGCGUGCUGGGGCGGGACGAGGUGGCACGAUGCGGGGCAAAGGGCUGUUAUUCCGGGAGGACGUCGCCAGCGUGGCUCGCCCCUCCUCUCUCACUCCGGCUCCCUCUCCAUUGUCUCACAUGCGUUCGUCUCAUCAGGACGGGAAAUGGCGGGCGCUCGCUGAUGAGUCGGCCUUAUUCUGUUUGUGUUUCCUUUGAUUUUUGAGCCGUCUACCCACUAUCUACAACUUAAGCACAGCUGCUUUCCAUGUCCCUGGUAAAUGAAGAGCGGGGGGGGGAGUAUUUUGAACCCUGAGCACAAUGAUUACCGUUGUGCAGUUCCAUCUCUUCUCCCUCCUCCUCCAAGCUUUCUGACACCUUUGGCCCCUCCCUAACACCGCCCCCCUCCCCUCUCCUUUGGUGAUUGGUUUGAUGAUGUUUCUCUCUCUCUCUCUCUCUCUCUCUCUUUCUCUCUGUCUGUCAUGGACUCCUGGUGGGAGUGGGCUGGGCUCCUAGUGGGAAUGGGUGGGGCUUCUGGUGGUGGGAAUGGGUGGGGCACCCGGUGGGAGUGGGUGGGGCUUCUGCAUGGAGGGAAAAUGGGCAGCUUCUCUUCCACAACAGCACGCAGUUAUACUACAAGAUAUACAGACACAAGUGUGUGUGUGUGUGUGUGUGUGUGUUUGUGUGUGUCUACGCAUUCACACGUAUGUGCAUGGUGCAUACAAGUGUGUGUACAAGCGUGUCUGAGUAUUCAUGUGUGUGUUUGUGUGAAUGACGCAAAGUACGAUGCAAGAAACAUUCUAAAUUCAAGACUGUAGUUUAAAUUUCCCAUCAGAGAGAAUAUUGUGCGAUCCUCUCAUUGUUAUCAAUAUUAAUAUUGUACUUAUUAUACUUAUUUAUUUUAUUUGAAAUAUAUUUUAUGUACGUGUGUACAUGUAUAUAUCAAUAUAUGCUUAUACACACAUAUGCAUACGGAAUUUAUGAAUUGAACUUUUCUUAAUGAAAUUUAAUUGAAUGGAAAAAUAAUUUUUAAAUUGAGAAUUAUAAUGAAUCGAGAUUAGUACUGGGAUUUUAAUGUCACUUUCAUAUUUGAGAAAAAAAACACCUACAGAGAAGCACCUCUAUACUGUAGUGUUUUAAUGACUCUUUAAAAAUGAGCUUACAUUAAUAAAUUCUCCCUGUAAUUAGGACUGUACAUUGUUAGCAAUAUUUGUGGCAAAAAUAUUAUUGGGCACAAAGUUGUGAAAAAUUGGAUAUAAGCUAAAUGGAAAUAUAUAUAGGCUAUAUAUCUACACAUCUAUAUAUCUCUAUAUAUGUAUGUGUAUACUAUAUGAAUAUAUACAUAUGAUACACCUUAAAAAUUUCCAACUUCUCUCCAUCUCCAUUCUUCUAUCCAUAAGCCAGCAAAGGGAGAGUUUAACGCAAUGAGCCGAAUUUGUUACAUACUUGUAAAAAGUAAGAAUAAAAAUGUUAAAAAAAGAUACAUAGAUAAAAAAUUAAGGAAAAAAAAAACAUCUCCAAUUUUUCUUGUCUUGUCUCUCGCCCUCCCAUGAAUAUGACUGCAGUCCUGAGCCCACCCUCUCUGCAUGUGCCACACAGUCUUGCUGUGCUGCUCUUUUAAUGUUCAUUUGAGCUUGUACCCUGUGAUGUCAUCGCAGCAGUGUUGGGCCGCGCCCGCGGUCACGGCAACCUGUGUUACGGGCGUUCAGUAAACCAGACCUGGAGCAUGUAAGAAAGUGCGCUGUAGUGUGUGAGCCAGGAUGGAGCCUUGCUGUAGAUAUCUAAUCUCUGGGGAGAGGGAUACACUGAGACAGAGGGAGUGACAAAGAACACACUGCGGAGGGCCCUGCCCCUCUCACAAGCCCCACCCACUGCCUUGAUGACAUCACAGUGGGAACUGUAGAAUGCAAAAGCAAUGCAAUGCAAAUUUGGCAUGCCUCUGUACCUGGUGUGUGCGUACAGCACCCUGCCCUGUAAAAGAAGUAAAAUAACUACAAGAAAAAAAAAUAGAAAAUAAGCUUAUCUUUAGCUUAAAAUAUAACAAUGUGUGUUUAUUUGUGCAAAGGAAUUACUGUUUUGCAUGAAUCGUGUCUUUGAAGGAAACUAAUAGGAAAAAAGAUGUAUCACAUGGCAAGUCUAAACUAACAGUGGAAUUGUACUUUACUUGUUUUUAUUUUAAGUUUAAUUAGUACUUGGUAACUUUGGUUUUCGUAAUGCAACCAAUGGGGAUUGUUCAAACAAAGUGCAAACUGAAAAGUCCUUGAAAUCAACAUUUUCUCUCAGACUGUGCACCUUCUUGUAUAUACAGUAGCUCAUAAUCCACAUUUAAUCCGUAUUUUGGCUUUUCCCAAAGAGGGAAAAAAUGUAACAACAGUCAUACAAAAAAGAAAAACAAUUCUAUAUUAUAUUUUGUGGGUUUUCCUCUUUACAUUUUGUUUGAACCCCCUUCACCCCUGACCAGCCAUGUGAGGUGAAAAAUGGAGGGUACGGUAGAAAGCCAAGCUUGUCCAAAAAUGUUAACUGAACACAUGCUAAUUAAGUACCCACACCCCUCCUUAUUUGAUCAGAAAGAACCAGAGCUUGUGGGUAUGUUUCAGUCAGAGUAGAUUCAGACGUCACCCCAGAAAAUGAAGGUAAACCACCCUUUGCCAAAAUUCGGAAGAUUGUUCACAAAGUUCUUACAUGGCCUACAGUCGCUGUUAUUCUGGCUUUGACAGUGAGCAUUGCGUAUGAAGCUGUAGAUUCCAACAGCCACAGAGAUUUUUCAAUUCUGUGAUCCAGGUACAUUAAAUGUAGUUAUUAAUGAAGGUAAUUAUACUUCUUCAUUGAGGAUAAUGGUGAUGGUAAAAUGGCUGUCAAAAAAUGCUGUCACGAAUGGAAUUUUUUUCGUUGUGGAAAUAAGAGGACAUUUCCUCUCUUUUUGCCAGCGAAAGUUCUCUCUCAUUUAAGUUGUUUUAAGCACCGCCUCACUUCAUUUUAUUGGUGAUGAACAUUAAAGACUUGAAUGUACAGGGCAUAGACAGACUUCAUUGAUUGUUCUGUUGUUAAACAGAGGAAGACAGUAGUUGCACUUAACUGCAUUUGCUCAUGUUGAGAGGCAAAAAAAAAUAUUACAUUGAUCCCACUGAAAAGGUGCGACUGCAAUUCAAAAAAAGACAAGGAAAGCAUUCCAAGCACAGGGGAAGACGAUUCACCAUUUGCCUGAAAACCAGAUAGCAGAAUAGACUGCUAAAACAUCUUAGAGAGGAUGUUAGAAUUAGAUUUCAGACAGCAAUGCAGACAGAUCUUGAGAUCCAUAAUACUGAUCCUGCAUUUAUUGAACAUUUUUUGAACAUCAAAGCUUCAUGAUUUGUAUUUCUUAUCAUCAGCCUACCUUUCACUUAGCAGUCAGACACCAGUGAGCGGAUAUUGUCGUCUGCGCUUUCAUUCAUAAAUAUGGUGUUGGGGAACCAGUUCAUAGCACAUUGACCCAGGAAGCACAUUGAUAAAUGCAAAACGUUCAGUUUUUCCCAGUCAAAAUGUACACAUAUCAAUUCAGAACACAGACACAAAUCUAGAUGCACAAAUGACCUCUACUAACCAGUAUUUCCAGUUAGAUCUGUGCAACUGUGAAGCCACAGAGCUUGAAUGUAAAAUGGCAAGUAGUAAUGUAAAAGAGAUCUGUGAGAUAUCACACAAAAAAGGACUUCCCGAGGAGCUUUUCAUGAACUGCCUUGACUACAAAUAGAGGUCACUUCGCCGUGCCUGCUUCAAUUGCUGGAUCCCGAAAUGGACUGACGUGUAAAAGUGGAAUGUUCUUUGUGAUGGUCAGAGCUUUGCAGGAUGUUGCAUCUCUGUUACUGGGGGGAUAGUUUGGGAGGGGGGUUGACGAGGGCCAAUGGGCUGUCUGAAACCCUGCCAAAUGGGAGGGGUUAACCCCCCUCCCUAUUCCAAUGUGUCUUAUUCCUCAGGCUGUGCUGUUUGAAUGUCAGUCAACUAGAAGCUACACUGUGGUGAUCAGGGGGCAAAGAUAAUGACCAUUUUACAGACAAUCUCUCCUAAGAAGGAGACUGUCCAGGAUAUAUAUCAACCAGGAAAGAGCUGCUCUGUACUGUUUGGCCCAACAGAUGCAUCAGUGCACCUGUGCUAAUGAUUGGUUUGGCCUCCUGUGUGAAUGGUCCCUUGUUUGAAAAGAAAUAUGGGCGUGUGUGGGGCUUCCAUACUGUGACUGUAGAACAGGGGUGCACAGCUCCUUUCCUUUCCAGUGUGUGCAGGGUGCAGCUGUAGCUCAUGACUUGUGAUUGGGGCUAAUUAAUCGAGAGCAUACUGUAAGUUGGCAUGAAAUCCCAAAACAUACCGACCCCUGGGGCAACUUCAGCAACAGCUCUGAUCAGACAGCUGUGUGUUUACACUGAACAGAUCCUGUGUGACCCACGUGUGGAUUUGUCUCUCUUUCCGUUUUUAAAUGAUUAUUUAAACGCAAGGGAUUGCCGGUUCUGUCAUUGUGUUUGCGAGUUCCCAGGGAGGCCAUCGGAACCACGACCCUUCUCUGAAUGGCAGUUACGGUCAGAUGCAACUUGACGGCCGCGAAGGGCUCGGGGGUGGAGCACAGGCCUGUCAAUCAGCGCUCGCCUCGCCCCUCCGUCUGAGAUGCGGAUCGUCUCCCACUUCAUCAGGGAAGUGAUAAAGUGGGGUCGGGGGGGGGGGGGGGGGGCUGUGCUGCUGUUUCUCAGGCACCAGAUCAGUGACUCACAUCGAUUAAUUUAUGAAAGCGGUGGCGGUAGCCGAUUGCGAGCGAUGUCUGCACUCGGGCCUGUGGUAGAAUUAGAAAUGCUGAAGUGCUUUUUAAAACACUGAACUGAGCUCAGAGAACGGUUGGGAACUGAUGUGCCUCCCGGGUGGGGUCAGUGAGGGGUCUUGGAGUGAUCGGAGGGGGGAAACUAUAUUCACCGUGUGCUUUCUAAACCAUUAUCCAGUAACUGUUUUCUAUCAAUAAAAAAAAAUGUUUUAAAAAAAAAUAAAUAUAUAUAUAUACACAAAUCCCAAGAAAUGCAACCAUUUUCCUCCGUGUUAAUUCUAAAUACAAAUGAAACAAUGCUUUCAAAAUGCAGCUGAGGGUUCUUUUUACAAAGCAAACCGCCGUCUUUCAUUUUGAGUGACUGUGUGUAUAUACUGAAAUCCAGUGCUGUUAAAAAACAAACAAAAAAAAACCGCGGAUUUCUGAAUGGUACCUGCCUUAGGAAGAUGGCUGCCACAGGAAGGUUCCACCCGUAGAGGACAUGGGGGUGAAGGGAGAGCAUCUCUGAUCGUGGUUCACUUAACACCCCCCCCAUCAUGACAGCCUGGUGUCUCCCUUAUUCUUGUGGCCAAGGACACUUCUGUCUGCAACUGCAGGUGCCAAGAGAGCAAAAGCACUUGUAGCACAACGGCAUCAUUGCGUUUAAAAAAAAAAAAACGAUUUUGCUUCUACUGUAUGUACCUUAUGCAUAUGUACAAUACAGCAUAUAUAUACAAAUAUA